CAAAGAAUGGGCAAGUACCAUGGCUUUCUGUUCUGCUGUGACAAACAACAGGGAGAGUAUAACGAUGGCAUGGCUAUCACCACACAUUUCUGUGGGUUAUUAUCUUCAUCUCUUCAGCAGCAUGAAGUCAAUCAGAGAUGGUUAUCCGUCUACGAUCAAACCUACACACUAAGACAUUAAAAAUUGAGGGUAGGUAGACGUGGGCGGCUACUAUCGGUUAACUUCAACAAUAUGUUGAGGGCUAAGAUAUAUAUGUUUGGGUAAUUUACCAAUUUUAGUUAAGGCAUAUUUCAUUUCCUGACCAAAAUUAUUCCAACAGUCACCAUCACGUCAUUUUUUUUUCCUGUCGAGCAAGUCAUGGUAAUUAGUUGCUUAACAUGCUAGAGAUAACAGCCAAUACACAUUUUAAGUCAUAAUCCAUUGUGUUAAAUAGUACGGAUACAUUGGAUGAUGCAAUUCUAGUUACAUAUUGUCAUCCUUCGGUCUGCUCACUCGGAGCUGGCCUGGAGGUUAAACACCAACCUAUACCACAUCGGGUACCUCUGACAAGAUCGUUAAACGUAGUUACCCAGCAGCUGACUGUGAGCUGGUACCACAUCAGUAAGUGGGCAGCCACUGUAUCUGACAAUGGGUACCUGCAUCGUCAUCUUUAUCACCGUCAGAGGGAAGCUGCUUUCAUACACUUGUGUUAAUACUACAGUAGCAGCAUCACAGCUUCAUUUUCUUCAUUCGAUUUGUUGAAGAAGACGGAGGAGGAAAUAUUUCGACUCUGAUGACCGGCUUUCAAUGCCGUCUUGAAAUGGCGAACGUUUUACCAGUUUUUGGAUUGAUUUCACAAUAUAUAUUCAUCGCCGUUGAUGUUAGAAAUAUCUGUCAGUAGAUAAAUAUUUACACACAUAUACGGAGAAAUAGUGAACUGGUACCACAGUGUCCUGGGAGGACAUUUAGGAGAUUGAUAUGAACUACAAUGCAAUGAGCAGGUCUCAGACACAUCUACUGGACUAUAGGAUCUAAUCCGGCCAUGUGAGUUAGUGCGUGAAGAUUUCACUAUUUCAAGUGUAAAUACUGUCCUACCCUAUCGUGGCGAUUUUUGUUUGUGUUUGGUGUCAGCACAAGACAUCCUGAGAUGAGAUGGUCUAUUGUUUCGUCAAAUGUGUCAAAGAAUCUGCAUUUAGGAAUCAAGUUUUAGUAGCAGAUCAUAUCUCAAUGUUGUUAAAAGGGACAAUGGGCUGCGGCAGAAGCAAGCCACAUUCUACCUCUUCCCUAGAGGAGGUAGAUAAGGACUGCAGUGCAUCCAUGAGAAAGCAUCCAAAGUCACAUGCAUGUAAAAAAGGUGACAAAUCAUCUCACAGAAUCGGGAGCAAGAAAGAAGUGAAAGGUAUUCUAAAACAACAAGCUCUCCAACAGCAUCAGAUGGGUCGUCAUCAUCAGGUGUCAUCCACACAGGGCAGUGUGCAAUCACAGAGUUUGCAGCGCAGCCACCACCGGCCAUUGGAACAAGCGCUGCGCCCUUCCACCACUGAACAAAUACAUGUGAAGAACUCACUGCAUCAGAAACAAGCAAAGUUGUGUCCAUCGAAGACAGUGUCACCAAAAUUGUCCAGCAACCAGUGCCACAACGAUGACAGUCACAACAGUCGGAGUAAUGGUAGCACAGUGGUACUACAAUAUGAUGGACAUUCCAGUAAUCUAAGUGUUGUCUCACCUGAACAAAUUGACAAGAGAAGUGCAGAUGAUAAAGGAUCUGUUAACAAGAAGGAUCAACCUAAGAGUGAGCAAACAUCUAAGACAGCUUUCAAAGAUAAACCAUCAGGAAAAUUCUACAAUACCAAGAUUACACGUAGUCAAUUGGAAUUUUUUAGAAUGUUAGAUGAAAAAAUUGCUCAGGGCAAAGAUUACUGCUCUGAAGAGGAAACGUAGCAGAUGUCCAGUGGGUGACUAGCACAGGCUUUAUGUGGGUUCCCUUUCUGAUGGCACUUCCAAAUCAAAACAAAACAAAACAAUCAUUUUAAACAACAACAGUAAUAAUUAUAGUAAUAACAACAACAACAACUACAUUCAAAAAGAAGAAACACAAAGACUGGAGACAACUAAAAGCCCAUCCAAUAUUCAGCCAGCAUUCAGUUCGACCCUACCUAUGACAGAGCUUUCAUAUCUCUCUUUGACUUUUACAUUGCCAUCUGCAAUACCAAUAGCUUUAAAAGCUUGCUCGUAACAAUUUAAUCAUGAUGAUGAUGAUAAUGAUGAUAUUGACAAUAAUAAGGAAUUAUAGUAAUUUAAGUGUUAUACACUCACAUACAUAUAUGUCCAUAUAUGCAUGUGUGUGUGUCUAUAUUCAUAUAUGUAUGUGUGUGUGUAUAGAUAUAUAUAUAAACACACAUAUAGCCACUUUAAACAUACAAGCCAACAAACAAAAAAAAUCCAAACAAUAUUCUCUUUCGUCAAUAUAAUUCUACAGGAGUGAUGUUAGCACCAGCAUUAUCAUUGUCAUCACCAUCAUCCCCACCACACAUACACACACCCGCACAUAUACACUACUGUACUCUCAAUACCACACCAUACAUUUCUUGAAUAAAACAACAAAACUUUUAAAAGAAUUGUGAAAAUUGUUAAAAAUUGAAUUCUCCCAAUUUAAAAGGAAAGAAACUUAGGAAGAGAACAAAGUAAAAGUGAAGAAAAGAAUAAAGAAAUAAGAAAGAAAGAAUGAAUGAAGGAAAAUAGAAUGACAGAAAGGAAAGAAGAAAGAGUGUAGAAGAGAUUUUCUAUUUAAAGCCAACAUUUUCACAAAUAUUAUGAAUGAAAAACUGAAGCAAGAAGAAAUUCUUCGUGUCUGCUACCCUGAUUUUAUAUGUCUAAAAGAAUUCUUUGAGACUGUUCUAACUCUUUGCUGCCAUAGUUUACCAAAAAGACGUGCAAUAUAUAUUCUUUGAAAGUUUCUAACCCUAACCCUUCACCUGAAACAAAUCUAAAAGCAACAAAAUUUCUUGUGUUUUUUUUUUUUUUAUUUUGUUAUUUCCUUUUUUACCUCCUCUUCAUAUCAUCACCACUACCACUACUCCACUACUACUAUUAUUCACCUUCAUCUACAGAUUGGGGGAAGUCUUUGUGUGGCCUGUUGACAUGCUAGAAACAAGUAGUCAAGUACCUUCCUUAAACCCUACCUUUACCCAAUUGUCUUAAAUAAACAUAAACAUUAGACAAAGUUGGUCCCUGAAACUUUAAAUGGGAUGGUUUUGAUCAUAGAUAUACUCAAUCAGGACUGACCUGCCCGUGGUUAUACAAUAACAGCAACAUUUUUACUCCAUUUCUCUGACUUACUGUUUUAAUUAGGUUGAAAUAAAUUCCAACCUAAAACACUGGAACUUAACACGUCACAUCCUCCAGGGGCCACCACCACUCUCAUCUUCAUUCCAUCCUUUCAUCAUCUGGACCAUUCCCCCGCAUCAACCUCUUUUCUUAAUUGAACAUAUUUUCUUUUUCUAUUUGCUUGUUGUUAUAAAUCUUUAAAAGUUGUUUGUCUUACUCCCUUUGACAUUUUCUCCUUGUGCCAUUCCUUUUCUUUGAUCUCAAACCACAUCACAUUGAUAACUCUAGCAUAUUACUAGGUGCACGCAGCGCUGCAGGCUUCAGAAGUUUGAGACCAUGUGGUUUCUGGUUCAAUCCCACUGCAUGGCAAAUGUCUUUUCCUACAGUUUCGUUGAGUGAAAUUUUGAGACUUUACUGGAGCUUGUCAUAUAUGUGUAUGCUUGUUUGCAUGUGUGUGUUUGUUUUCAUUUUUCCUACUCACCACUGGGGCAGUGUUUCUGUUCUGCUGCUGCUGUUAUUCCAAGUGUGGCAAUCCCAAUGGAAUAAAGUAGCUGACUUGAAACAAGUGUGGAAUGGCACCAACAGUGGCAAGUUUUGUACACUCCAUGCCAUCUUGGGAAAGCAAGGAUGAUGAAUGUGUAUGUGUGUACGAUAAUGAACAUGAUAUGAUGUAUGAUAUGUAUGUGAUGAUGAAUAUCAUAUGGUAUAACAGACAAAAAUCAUUCACCCAUCAACCACUCACUUUUUCAAAACAAAAAUCCCCAUUAAAAAAGAAAUAAAUUUAUUUAUUUAAGAUCUCACGUAAACCUGUGUUGAAAUUAUUUGGGGAAGAAGAAAGACACACACAGACACACAGAAACAUCACUUUUUUGCUUUUUUUUAACUAUUUUUUUAAAAUUGAGGUAAAAAUGUUAAAAGAUUUCAAAAAAUAAUUUUAAAAAAUAGAUAAAAAGAGAAAGUUUAUUGCAUGAAUGAGAGAUAAUUAGAAAGAAAUAAUUGAGAUGUUAAAAAGAACAAUAACAUAAAAUGAAGGGGCUGGUGUGAUUUUUUU